UUGAAAGGAACCCUGCUGGGACCGCCAGCAUGCACCGCCUCCCUCAGGAAAGCUGGAUCGGAUCAUUUAUUAUAGUUCCGUACACCCAGCUAACGCGGUUGAAAUUACCAGUAUUGAUUCGACGAUCGGCUCGGGUCGCGCGGGACUUGGAGCCGCGCAGCUGUCGAUGCGCGCCGAACUCCCAAUGGACCCUCCCCAGGGGGUGCUUUAGUUACAGUGCUAUUCAAUAUUUAUUUCUGACGUCGACAGCAAAAAUCCCACAUGCUGUGUUUAAGCUUUCAGAGGAAAACUGCAAACGCUUUUUCUUCCUGACGGCAGGAUCGAAUAGACGUCUGUUUAAAAAAAAGAAAGAAAGAGAAAAUCUUUUUUCCUUAAAUUGAUUUUGAUUUAUAUUGUUGGGAUUUAAACGAUAAUGAAAAUGUUCUACAGAGAGAUGUACUUAUGAGUACGGUUAUUACUGUGGCAACAUGUCAAGAAGAAAGCAAGCUCGGCCUCGACUGUGUAAGCGUGAUGAAGAAGAGGAAGAAAAUGGAAAUCUGCUACCCAAUGUGACAGAGGAUGUAGACCACAUCACGCAAGAUUCUCCAGACUCCAGCCAAGAAGUGCCAGGAUUUACGUUGACAGCUGAGGGUCCGUCUGACCUAGAUAUGACAGGUCCAGCAGCCAAAAUCGCCAAAUUUGACUCGGAUGAUGCAUCGGAUCUUCGCUGUGACACGUGUGGUGCCCUCUUCUGCAACCUGACCCAGUUUAUGGAUCACCGCAACUUCGAAUGCACCUCUGGCAAUGGGCCUCAGUGGACCAUUGAUAACUUAGCCAUAAACAUGGGGAGUCAGCCUGACUCCCCAUCCUCUGAGGACUCUGGUGACGAGACCCCAGGGCUGGACCUGCCCCUGUCCCCAGGGAUGGAGAACCUGACCCCCGAGGAUGUUCCGGGGGUAGUGGGGGUAUCCCAGACUAAUCCCUAUGGCUGCCAAUUUUGUGACAAAGCCUUCCCAAGACUAAGUUUCCUGAAGAUUCAUGAACAGAUACACAGUGACCAGCUUCCAUUCAAAUGCUCCGUGUGUAGUAGAAGAUUCAGGCACAAGCGAAGCAGGGACAGACAUGUAAAACUCCAUACUGGAGAAAAAAAGUACAAAUGUCCGCAGUGCCAAGCUGCUUUUGUCAGAAGUGACCACCUGAAAAGCCAUAUGAAGACCCAUGAUUCUUCAAGGGUUAGUUUCCAGUGUGAAAUUUGCCAACAGACAUUUACAAGCCUUGAUGUUAUGAUGUCUCACAUGACAACACAUGAACAUCAGGCUGACAGCAACAAAGGCAUGAAUCUAAAUUGUAUGUACUGUCCACUGUCAUUCACCAACCUCUCCGACUUCAGAUAUCAUUUAAUGACCCAUGAAAAGGUCAGCAGUCAGAAUUUCCUCUGUUCCCUCUGUGGCAGUGUAUUUCCUACUCAGGACGACCUUGAUAAUCAUGUUGAAAAGGUCCACUUGGAUGAAACAAGGAACAAAUGUCCUCUCUGUUCAGAGGUUUUUGGAAAUCUAUAUGAUUUGUAUGUGCACAUGAAUUCUCAUGAAAGCGACAUAAAAGGCCAAUCGGCUUGUCAAUCUAAACCUCUAAAUGGACCAUCUCUUCAGGGAGAGCUGCUUGUGUGUCCAUACUGUUUUUGCAGUGAUUUUGAUACCUUGGAAGUUUUAGAGAUCCACAUGCAGAGUGUUCAUUCUGUAAAACCAGCAGAAGUUUACACAUGUAACUACUGCAAUGCACCAUAUAAGAAUUUGUACAGUUUGCAUGAACACAUGAGGGCUGUUCACCAGAACCAGCCGUGUCUUGACAUCAAAUACCCUUGUUCACUGUGUUCCAGACAGUUUGGAAGUAUUGAGACACUCAUACAGCACAAGAGGGCACUGCAUCCUAAUGAACAUCGGAAGUCAAAGGCUGAACUUCUAAAGCAUGCUGUGCUGGAUCAUCCUAGGUAUGAUCAAGAAAAGCAGAAGAAAUUACACACACAAACAAAUCUGAAAAUCCCCACCCCAAGGAAGUCCAAUUUUACAAAGUCCGGUUUCAGGGGAUCUGAUCACACCAAAGCAGAGAUGACAUGUGAGCAGUGCAAUUCCAGAUUCAGUGAUUUUCUUCAAUUCCAAAACCACUUGAAGUUACAUAUUGAGGCAAAAGCUCCACUGAAGCUUCAGGAGGCAUUGUCUUCUCCAGGAAUUUCCUCGGGGUUGUCACCAGUGUCUGUGUCAUCCUCCUUGUCACCAGGUGUUUCCGGCUUGCCGUGUAAGCAUUGCAGUCUGCAGUUCCCAAAUGAGGAGCAGCUUGAGAAGCACAUUGUGUCCCAUUACCUCAGUGUCUCCACGGAAUAUGGUUGUACAACUUGUGUGAAGCUGUUCUCUAAGCCAGAUGAACUUCAGAAACAUCUGAUGGAUAUUCAUGCCCAUCAUCUGUACAGGUGUGCUUUGUGCAAGGAGAUCUUUGAUUCCAAGGUGAACAUUCAGGUCCACUUUGCUAUAAAGCACAGCAAUGAGUGUAAGCUGUACAGGUGCUCCAAGUGUGACUCCGUGUUUCGCUCCGAGGUGGAGUGGACUGCACAUGUACGAGUCAACCACCUACAGAUCGCAAAACCAUUCAGGUGUUUAUUCUGUAAGGACAGUUUCUCCUCUGAGAUGGAACUCCAGUGUCACCUGACAACACACAGUCGACCCUUCAAGUGUUCCAUGUGUUCCGAGUCGUUCCAUGUAGAGUACCUGUUGGACAAGCACGUACAGAGUGUCCAUUCAUCAGAGGAUGGAACAGACAGACAGACACCUUCCCAACGUGUGUCAGACCGGGGCACGCCCAAAUCACAGCACCCACAAAACGUGAAAGUGAAGGUUGAAAAAGAUCUGAUGGAAUUGAGUUUUGGUGGAAACAAGGACUCCCAUUUAAAUGAGGUCAACUUCUUCUCCCCCCGCAGCAGUCCGGGGAUCUGGAAGUCCUCUGAUUUGACCUUCACCUGUAACAUUUGUGACAUGAAGUUCUCCCAUCAUCCAGCUCUGCUGAGUCACAAAGCCCAUGAUCAUGGUCUGUCAGCCAUCUUGAAAGCAGUCAGUGGGGAGCAGCUUACAGAUAUAAAACCACAAACCCUGCUCGAUAAUCAACACAGAGAGAAUAGAGAGAAAGACCCAAGUCCUGACCCCCCUAUAAGUAAAGACAAGGUAUCUGUGUCAUCAGUUGAGACCCCACCCCCUAAGUCUCUGUCUUUGUUUAUGUCACCAGACAGGGUCAAUGUAUCAUGCCUGUACUGCAGUCAGACCUUCAAGAACCGUACUGAAAUGGAUAAACACAUGAAGAUACACCUCAACAAUGGGGAUGAGAAAUGCAACAUCUGUGACAGAGUAUUCCCUACUCCCAGCAUUCUGGCUGAGCAUAAGUUGACCCACUGCAAGAUCAGGGAGGGCAAUGUUUGUGUCCUGUGUAAGGUGGCACUCAAAUCAGAGGAACAGUUUUAUAUCCAUACCCAGGAGCAUGGAUUCCAGAGUAACUACAUUCAGUGUCUGAUUUGCCGCCAAACACUGGUGUCGAUGGUUGAGCUUCAGAUGCAUGGAAGACAUCAUUUCCAGGCCAACAGUAGCUCAUUCACCUGUUGUGUCUGUCUGGAAGCAUUCAAAACUAAAGAAAACUUGGUCUCCAAAAUCAAUGCAAGUGGUCGUAACUAUUUUGUCUGCAAGGUAUGUUACCAUGGGAGCAAGUCACUGUACCACUGCGAGACUUGUGGGGAUAGUUUUCUGAACCCUCUGCAGCUAGAGGCUCAUGUUGUCACUCAUCAUGGUAGAAAACAAGACCACACUUGUCAUAAAUGUCAGGCCACCUUCCAGUCGAGUCUUCUCCUAAAGGCUCACAAUUUGACUCAUCAUUCCUUUGAUUCUUCUAGUGAUGUCACAUGUAAUCAGUGCCCAGCCUCAUUUUCAUCACAUUCUCAAUUGGAAGCUCAUCAGCAAGUACACAAAAAAUCCUACACUUGUAUCAAGUGUCAAGAAUCUUUCGACUCUGAAGAGGAUAUUCAGCAACAUGUGGCUUCCCAUGUCAUGAAAGAGGGCAAUAUUCAUGAAUGUAAGCUCUGCUCUCUUAGUUUCACUUCCCCAGCAAAGUUACAGUGUCACUUAAUAGAACAUAGCUACCAGAAUUCCGAAUUCAGAUGCAGUAUUUGUUGUCAGUUGUUCACAAAUGCUGCAGAUAUUCAGCAGCAUGCUGUGGAGCAUGGCCUUGGUGCUCGGAGAUUUGCCUGCGUAGAUUGCAGCCAGAAAUUUUUCUUUAGCGCAGAGUUAGAGAACCACCAGAUUUGUCACCAUGGACGCUCUGGGGACAAUGGUAAAUCCAGGAAACAACAACUUGUAAAUGGUAAGGAGCAUAAAGUGAAGCAGGAAAACUCACAGCAGGAUAAAUCACCUGAAAGUGUGUCCAACACUAAACAAAAUGGGACAUCAGUGGAACUGAAGUGCCCAACCUGUGAGCAGGUGCUCCUCAAAAUAUCCGAUUUAGUUUCUCACAUUCAGGAGCAUUGUGAAGCAUUAGGCAAUGGGAAGCCAGAGUCCACCCUUCACAGAGGCCCAGUGUGUUGUCCUGACUGUAAAAGUCAGUUCUCUAACCUAAUGGAGCUACGAGAUCACCUGAAGACGGAGCACACAGAGACCAAAUUGAGUUGCAGUAUGUGCAAGAAGUCUUUCAGUCACCCAAAGACUUUAAAACUUCACAUGCGUUUGCAUAAUUCUAGUAAGGGUUAUGAGUGUUCCAUAUGCCACAAGCGUUUUACAAGGAAAGAAAACCGCAAGGCUCACAUGAAAACUCACAAAGGAUUCAAGACUACACUAUAUCAGUGUUUAACUGAGACGAAUAAGAAAACGGUGGAUGGCUUGAAUGGCGGAAGUAAACUGGAGGAAUCAGCUUCAGAGGCAGAGUUAUCGUCCGUGAAUGGUGCUGAAUAGAUUGAUAACCCCGUGUUGUGACAGUCAGAUUGUAGACAGUUUAUAGUGCUCUAUUUUGAUAUUGUUGUAUUUUAUUUUGAAUAAUUGUACAUAUAUUAUAUAUAACAAGAUAUGUUUACUUUCCCUUGUUGUUUUAUAUAAUAAAAUCAAUUAAAUUUAU